CAUAAUAUAUCACCACCUACCUUCUCCAAUUUUCCUUCUUAUCAUCCCCAUUCAAACCUUUACAACAAACUAUUUUCUCUUCUAAAAUCUUCUCCAAAUUUGUAAUUCCAACAUGAGCUGGUGGUGGGCUGGAGCUAUUGGUGCUGCCAAGAAAAAAUUCGAAGAAGAUGAUGCACCGCCAAAGUACCAAAGCGUUGCUCUAAUAAUCGGAGUAACCGGCAUCGUGGGCAACAGCCUCGCGGAGAUUCUCCCUCUGGCCGACACCCCUGGCGGUCCUUGGAAGGUCUACGGCGUUGCUCGCCGCCCUAGACCGUCAUGGAACACCGAUCACCCUAUUGAAUACAUCCAAUGUGACAUAUCAAACCAAGAAGAUACCCAAUCAAAACUAUCCGUUCUAACGGAUGUUACCCAUGUUUUUUAUGUUACUUGGGCUAAUAGAUCCACUGAGUUGGAGAACUGUGAAAUUAAUGGGAAAAUGUUUAAGAAUGUUCUUAAUGUUGUUGUCCCUAGUUGUCCUAAUUUGCGACAUAUUUGUUUGCAAACGGGUCGAAAACAUUAUUUGGGCCCGUUUGAAUUUUUUGGAAAAGUAGCCCAUGAUCCUCCGUUUCAUGAAGAUUUACCGAGAUUAAGUGCGCCGAAUUUUUACUAUACUCUUGAGGAUAUUUUGUUUAAGGAGGUGGAGAAGAAGGAAGGGUUGACGUGGUCGGUUCAUAGGCCUGGAACGAUAUUUGGGUUUUCACCGUAUAGUUUGAUGAAUAUUGUUGGUACGCUUUGUGUUUACGCGGCUAUAUGUAAACAUGAAGGGUUGCCGUUGAGGUUUCCGGGUGUUAAGGAAGCGUGGGAUGGGUAUUCGGAUUGCUCUGAUGCGGAUUUGAUUGCUGAACAUCAGAUAUGGGCUGCUGUUGAUCCGUAUGCUAAGAAUGAGGCGUUUAAUGUGAGCAAUGGGGAUGUUUUUAAGUGGAAGCAUUUUUGGAAGGUUUUGGCUGAGCAAUUUGGAAUGGAGGCCGCGGAGUUUGAUGAAAACGAGAAGAGAUGCAAUUUGGUAGAGAUGAUGAAAGAUAAAGGCGCUGUUUGGGAUGAGAUUGUGAAGGAGAAUGGAUUGGUGCCGACUAAAUUGGAGGAGGUGGGUGUUUGGUGGUUUGUUGAUGUUAUUCUUGGUGGUGAUUGUCCUUUGGAUACUAUGAACAAAAGCAAGGAGCACGGUUUCUUGGGAUUCCGGAACUCACAAAAAGCAUUCAUUUCCUGGAUUGAUAAGGUGAAAGCAUACAAAGUUGUUCCUUAGUUUGAUAUGUGUUUGUGGUUUUACUGUGUGAUAAAAUGUUUGAGUUUGAUUCCUAUCUAUUUAUGUUGUUUAAUAAAAAGUAAUAAUAGCUGAAACGAUGUACUUUUGGCUUCUUUUGCUGUUCAGCUGUAAUUAUCCAUUUGUUAUUGGUACCACUGUUGUUUUCUUGUUUCAUCUUUUUGUA